UUCUAAUGUGUGCAACGCUGCAACUUGGCCACCGGAGUGAAGUGUAACGCAGAGCUGCUGGAUUACAAAUGUUGCUGUUCAUACUACAAAUAUUGACAUGAAAUGCCCCCAUCUUCGUGUAGAAAUGCUACGUGACUCCCGCAUCACGUAGCCGCCCUAGCUCGCUCUGACAACGUUGCCUUGGUUACGCCUCACAUCCUCCUCCUCGCGCACGCCCACGCCGCACGCAACGACACGAACGGUAUUCCCGCCGCGCCCCUUCUUGCCGUGACUGAUGAAUAAUCCAUGUAAAGGCAGUUGAGCAGCAGGAGUGCAGGGAAUGCCGGCUGGGAAGGGAUGCCAUGUGCGUACAUUGGAAGGAGCAUUUACUACGUAUAUUCUCACAUGAUGGACUUCUGUAUUGGAUCAAGCACUUGGACGCCAACAUGUUUGGAGUGGGAAUUUAAAGACUUAUUUGGUUGAGCGCAAUCACGAUGGAGGUGAUGUUCGAGACGUGAGGAAAUCCAAGGCGGAGGAUGCUUCUACUAGGAUUUACUACUUCCCCUCACACCCCAAACGUGGCGUGACACCUCAUCUCUCUGGAGGACUUCUAAGAUCAGGAAAGACCCCUUUUCGCUCGUAGCUAUGUUCUGUUUCUGCUUCCAGAGCCCCUCCUUGAAGCUCCAAGCCCUUGAAGCUGAUUUGAGUUCCCCUGACUCAGAGCACGAAGAACUCCGAGACCUGAAGAAUUUGUCGGGCCCCCAGCAGCCUCUUUUGAGCAGGCAGUCCAGCCUCCAUUUGGACCACAAGCCGCUCUUCCACUCUCCUCCGACAACGCCAGCUCAGGACACGGCCGACUCAUCACAACACAUGCCCUCCCCGUCUUCCUGUAUCCCUGCUCCGUCCACCACCUCUCCUCCCGAGGGAGCCCCAGGAAAUGACAAACCCUCCCCGAGCUCACCAAGCAGGCCUCCCCUGCUCUCGACUUUCACCACCAGCGAGUGCCCCGUCCCGUCGCCUCGCUGCCCCAACCUGAGCAGUAGCCUACGCUACAACCUGGACCCUGACACUGCCCCUUCGCCGCCGUGCUCGCAGCACAUACGCAUGGCACGCUGCAGUAUCCGCGCCGAACCGGACGAUUGCUCCUUGUCCGUGUCCGUGUUGAAAAGACACGUCCAGACCUUGAGGAAAAGGAUCAGACAGCUGGAGGAACAUUUUGAGCAGGAGAGGCUCAAGCCAUCCUAUUAUGACAAGACCGCUCAUCCCGAGGUUGCCAGACUGAUCAAGGAGCUCCUGAAAAGCCGCAAGCAGCUGAAAGAGCUCAAGCUGUGUCAUGCAGAGGAAGGUGUCUUGAAAGGAUCAUUAGACCCUCCAUUGGAAAGAGCCAUCGCAAGUGAGGGCGCCCUUCCGGUUCUAGAGCUUCAACAAGCGAACAACUACAGCAACACCAAACCCAGCGUGGAAGAAACACUCCACAUCAUCACCAAAAGACUGAGCGAAAGGCGGCUAGAACUCAGCAUGCCGGAUAGCAUCAAGGAGAUGACACAGUCCCAGAUUAGGAUGGAGAAAUCCAGCCUCCAGAAGUGUUUGCUCUACUUUGAGAGUCUGCAUGGACGUCCGGGUAGCGUGAGCGAGCGGUCACUGGUCCAACCUUUCUACGAGCGCUACCGCAUCCUCAAACAGCUACUGCUUUCCUCCAAUGCCUCUACACUCAUUACCACCAUUGAGGAAGAAGAGAGCUCUGAUGACGAUCAUCCCAACCAGCAAAUCCCAAAACAGCAGUGUGUGUCAACGGGGGCACCUCUGCCCCCUCCCACCUUGGAAAUAUCGGACACACCACCGGUUUCGCCUCUGGAGGAAGUCAAGUGUGUCCAGCCGCCGAUUGUCACCAUGGCAACACUCCAUGAGGCUUCCAGAUCGGAAUUACUGGAUCAUCUUCGGAUCACCCGCUUAGAAAAACGGCGGCUACACCGAGCACUACGGGAAUUUGAGGACCUUUUCUACACUCUUAGUGGCAGGGUCUGUCAGAAGGAGGACCGCGGACCCAUGGCGGAGGAGUACUGCCAGUACAAGAACCUCAAAGCCAAACUGCGCCUGCUCGAGGCCCUGCUCAGCAAAAAACAGGACACAGCCAAGAGCAACUGAGCUUUUAGUCCAAAGCCUCUAGAAGAAAGAUGAGGAAGAUGAAGCACUUUACAGGAGGGAAAUUGUAUUUAAAGUUUUUAUUCCAAAAAGCACAUGAUGAAGCAAGUGUAUGUUAUGUAGCAUACUUGAUGACCUUAUUGUACAUUGUAUGUUAUGUAAAUAUUUGUGUAGGUGUAUUAUGGCACUUACUAUUUUCUGUUUGUCCUUAUUGUGGGGUAUUUGAUUUUUUUUUCUUAAAUAUCUUGGGCAAAAGAGGGCAGCAAUUGUAUGAGGGUGCAUUAGGACCAGGCUUAAUAGAAACAAAAAGCUUUCUGAGCAGUCUAUAUUUUUUUCAAGAAAAAGUGAGAACAACAUGAGAAAGUCAUGUUCCGAAUGGAACAAGUGUUGCCCCCCCCCCCCCGUAAUAGUUGAGCAGCAGACUCUUGGAAAAAAACUGACAAAAAAAACGUUUAACAUAAUUAGUUGGGGGGAGGGGUAUGUGGCAAUAUCACCGAACAAAUUAAUAACUUUUAGAAAAAAUAUGAAAACAAAUGUUAUAUUUUUGAGGAAAACAUAAAGAGGAAAAUAUAUUUCCUAUAAAAAUGUAAUUUUAUGACAAAAAAAGUUGUAAACAGCUAAUAAAUGUAAACAAUUUUAUUUGAAAAAUGUGAAAGAAGUAUAUGUAUUUGGUUUGAAUUCCAAAAUGUGUUAAUGUAAAGACAUUAUUUUUCUCACUAAGCCAACUUUCUCUUGAAAAUAUGCCAAAAAAUUAUGAACUUUUCUCCUUCUUCCUUGUCAGUGGGACCCAGUCAUUUGGACGAAAUGCAACUAGUGUUUGGUUUUAGGCCUUCAUUGUGCUAUAUUGUGCAAAUAUUUUGUUUAAACCUCAAUUUAUUGUGACAAUUCAGUUUGAAUGUUCACUUUCCAAACUAGUGAAUGUUGACAUUGCAGUGCAUCACAGUUCGCCUCCAGUUUGCUUGAUGAGAAUUCCUCUUAAAUGCUAUUAAUGACAUGAAUCAGAGCUCUGUGCACUUCUGGUUUAUAUAAUACUCUAUAUGUACAUAUGAAUGUAUCAAUAAAAAAUAAAUAUUUUUUCACAUU